GUUUUAACCUCUCAGGUUAUGAAAUGCCGCUCUUUGCUAAAAAUCUGGUAUGACGUAGGCCUAAAUUAAGUAUCCUUUCGAGGCUAUAGCUUUCCAAAUCCAAUUGGUUGACGAUUAUGUCAUCAUUCGACUUAGGAGCAGCUUGUUUUAGCAUAAAUACAGUCUUGCUUCUUUUAGGUGUUCAAAUUAUUGGAUACACGCCUUGUUCACAAAUUAUGUUUCGCUAUGUUUUCAGUUCGCCACAUGCACUUUCCCAAGCCAACGUCAUUCAUUGGUAGCAUAUUAAUAUGCUCAAACUAGCCUUUACUAUUGUUAAUAUGUUUUUUCUUAUGGCUACAGCAAGAGGUUUUCCCAUAACUGAAAAUCUUCAUUUGUCGUUUUUCCCAGUCAUUUACUUUGAGAAAAAAUAUAUAAAUGUGUUUAAAUGUUAACAAAGUAAAUCCAUUGAAGCUAGUUUAUAGAAUAACUGUUUACUCACCAAAAUAUCAUGAACAUUUUAAUGUUCUUUAAGAGAUUUAUUUAAAACCAGAAAACUAUUCUUGCAAGACCAUAUGUUAGGGAAAAUACUUCAUGGAGAAAGUAGAUAAAAAGUUGCCUUCUUAAAAUGCUGGUCUUUGGAGUAUGACACUUUUCAAAGAGAUUGAAAAGAGACAAUAUCAGUUGAAAUCAUUUGAAAUCAUCUUCUGGAGAAGGUGUUUGUUAUUAAUACGAAAAAUGCUUUGCAAUAUCAACUAUGGCAGUAUGGUAUGAGGGUGUGCAUUUCUUUGGUGCUAACACUUGGAACAAUAUAUCAGUGAAUAUAUAAAGAUCAUAAUUGUUGUCAGUUUUUGUCAAAAGCUUAAAACCUUUUUUAUUUAACAAGAACUAUUAAAUUAGAUCCUAAUACAAAAAGUAUUAUUCUUUCACUCAUAUAAAUAAUCAGUUACUUUCCAGACCUACCAAGCCUCAGGCAUUUUAGAUAAGACACACACAUUUAUGUCCUUUCUCAUGCUCACAUGCAUCAAAGAAAAAUUAUUGCACAUUUUGCAACAAACUUCUUGGUUUAUUUAAAAUUUUUCUAUUUCAAAUCCUAGGAAAAUCCCUCUUUCCUAGCAAGACAAGACAUGUUAGAGUUUCACUAUAGCGGAUUGCAAUCGCAGUUGGGCGGAGAGGAGUGACUCCUUUUCGAUAGGAAUAUUUGGGGUAGCAGUUACACUCUGAUAUUCCGCUUGCUCGUAUGCCUGCAUUCCUUCCUCUGCAUUUCUGGUACACAGUGCUGUGGGCUUUUGCAGUGGUUUGUAGAUUCACAAAUAGUGACCAUUUGAGUGUCCACCAACAAAAGCAUCAGUUGUCAUUAAAUAUUGGUCUGCGUCAAGGUGAAUCUCUGAUUGAUCAAACCCCUACACCAACUAGAUUUCUACCAAAAACCACUGAAGAAGGAGGGGAGCUGUUUGAAGGGCUUGCUGAAUCCAAUCCAUUUGACCAGGAUUUCAAAAAGGCUGCGUUGUCGCAUGUGCCAUCAGCACCAACAUCAGUACUGUUGCCUGUUAUAUCUGUAUCACCUCCAGAGCCUAGCACCACUGAUGUAACAAAAACGACUGCUUCGAAUGUCAGGUUUUCCUCAGAAAAGGAGCUGCUUAAGUCGAUCCCACAGACAAAUAUAAAAAUACUUGAUGUCCAUUCGGGUCAAACUAAGAAGAUACAGGAAGGUGGGGCAGGCAAUGUGACAAUUGUUGUCAACACACAGAAAAGUCUAUCAAGAGUGAAUCCUGCUUCAAUACUCAAUAGCAAACGGCCCACAACUGUUCUAAUUCAAGGCCAAAGCAACAUUCAACCAAUCAUUAUAAAUCAGGAAUUGCGAGCGUCAGGUGGAGUAAUGCCCAUGAUUGGUAUCAAAACUAGCUCUGGGAACGGAUCUGGCAGGGCAGCGGUGCCUCAUCCUGCGAUUGUGAUGUCACGCAGCCACCAAAAUGGAACUACUGAUUUAAAACAGAGAUUAAAAGAAGUCAUACAACAAAAUGCCACCGCUUCAUCUAGCAGCCCAUCGCCGAAAUCAAGGCCAUCUCCUAAUCAUAGUAUGCAGCACUCGUCAGCUUCAUCGCCAAGCAACUCUGUGAAGUCAGAUAACUCUGACAUGAUGAAUGAAGACUUUGACGAGGAUAUGAAGGGCGUGCCAAGUAAGAGAAGUCGACGAAGUCAAGAAGAUUUGGAUCCUGAUGAAAGAAGACAAAAAUUUCUUGAAAGGAAUAGGGCUGCUGCCUCAAGAUGUCGACAGAAACGAAAGGUUUGGGUCCAGCAACUUGAGAAGAAGGCAGACGACUUAUCGUCAACAAAUGUUGCUCUCCAGAACGAAAUCAGUGUCUUACGAACAGAGGUAGCACAGUUGAAAGCGCUGCUAUUGGCCCACAAAGACUGUCCAAUCACGAUGCAACAGCAGAAAGCUCUUAUAAAGCAAACCAACCCAAACUUUGGAGAUCAAUCAGAAAGUUCAAUUGUUGCUGUGACAUCACUAAAUCAACAGCGUUUCGAAACAGCAGAAGAGGUUGCAUCAAGUGCCUUGACGGACAUGGCAAACCAGGGACAGUUGGUUGAACCUUGUAAAGGCCGAUCUAUGACUGGUGUGUCUGUGAUCUCCGUUUCUAAUUCAUCUUCAGUAGACACAGCAGUAAUAGCAAACUAAUGUAAAUAUCUUCCCGUUGUCCUAUAUAUAGAUCUAUAUAUAUAAAUGUAUUCAAAAGUGUCUAGUGUUUUGUAAUUAGUAUAACCUUUCUUUCAUCUUUUCUCUACCUGUGUUUUUAUUGUAGAAUCAUUAGGGGGCCUUGAGACGGCCAAUUUGCUAUGAUGCCCGACACGUCUUAAGUGAAUUUUUUCUUCGUAUCUGCUGCGAUCUUCUCAGCAAUAUAUAAUGUACAAACAGAAGUCGGUAAUUAGAAAUCGUAUAGCGUAAGCUGUCUUUUUAGAACGAUUUGAAUCCGUAGUAAAGCCAUUGGUUCCUUUGGAAGUUUUCCCACGUAAUUGAAGAGUUAUACUUGUCUAGCCCAAAGAUAAAUGUAGUAAAAUAAGGCAAAGAUCUCUAGUAGCACUGUUAAUCCAUAGUUAACUUUUUGUCCGUGAUACUUUUUAUCCCAUCCUAGCCCCACCUGUAGAGUCAGCCAUUUCCCUGCUCCCGUUUUUAAAAAUACAUCAAAGUUGCACACUUAUUGCUGUAAAUAGUAACUCCCUAUUUUUUGGUUUUGUAGUUUUUCAGAACCUAUAAUCUCUUGAAAUCCCAAGCAAUCAAUUCCUAUAUUCUUGCCCACAGCACAGUUUUUUCAAUGGUCACCAAAAUCUCCCAAAUAUUUAGUGAUAUAACAUACUCUCAAGCAGCUAAUUUUUUAACCUGUCUGUUCUAGUCUAUUUUUAAGAUAUUAUUUCUUAUUCCAUAGCACGACUGUAGAAUUUUAAUAAGUCAUUGUUACCAUAUUAAUUUUUCAAGAAA